AUGGUUUCUGCCAAGGAGCCAACGAUCGCUAUGUUUUCGGGUCUGUCGAUCAUCUUUUUCCUGUGCUGGGCGACCUGUGUCACCGCGCUCCCGGGACAAGAGAAAUUAUGGCCGGAGAAUUUUACGCGCAUCCUGGACCGUCUCUUGGAUGGCUAUGACAACAGGCUGCGUCCUGGAUUUGGGGGUCCUGUCACUGAAGUCAAAACAGAUAUCUAUGUCACAAGUUUUGGACCUGUUUCUGAUGUAGAAAUGGAAUAUACAAUGGAUGUUUUCUUUCGUCAGACAUGGGUUGACAAGAGAUUAAAAUAUGAUAGUCCCAUUGAAAUUCUAAGAUUAAACAACUUGAUGGUUAACAAAGUGUGGACCCCAGAUACUUUCUUUCGGAAUGGAAAAAAAUCUGUGUCUCAUAACAUGACAGCCCCAAAUAAACUAUUUAGAAUUAUGAGAAAUGGCACCAUUCUAUAUACAAUGAGGCUCACCAUAAGUGCUGAAUGUCCCAUGAGAUUGGUGGAUUUCCCAAUGGAUGGACAUGCCUGUCCGCUAAAAUUUGGAAGCUAUGCAUAUCCAAAGAGCGAAAUGAUCUACACCUGGACAAAAGGGCCAAAAAAUUCAGUGGAAGUCCCUGAAGAGUCUUCUAGUUUAGUUCAAUAUGACCUACUUGGACAUACAGCAUCUACUGACACAAUUAAAUCUAUCACAGGUGAAUAUGUGGUCAUGACAGUACACUUCCAUCUCCGAAGGAAAAUGGGAUAUUUUAUGAUACAGACAUAUAUUCCGUGCAUCAUGACUGUGAUCCUCUCCCAGGUGUCAUUUUGGAUUAACAAAGAGUCUGUUCCUGCCAGAACUGUUUUUGGAAUAACCACUGUGUUGACCAUGACAACUUUGAGCAUCAGCGCCAGGCACUCCUUACCUAAGGUCUCCUAUGCCACAGCCAUGGAUUGGUUCAUAGCGAUAUGCUUUGCCUUUGUAUUCUCUGCACUGAUUGAAUUUGCAGCUGUCAACUAUUUUACGAACAUUCAGACAGAAAAAGCCAAAAGGAAGGGAGUGAAAUCCAUCCCUGAAUGUUCAGCAGCACCUGUACAGAAGGAAAUGCACCCAGAAGGUUCCAUGCAGUGUACAGACUCAAAUUCAAAUGUGAGGAAAAGAACAAACACCGUAGUACAACCAGAUUUGGAGACUGCCAAAAGAAUUGACCCAGGAAACAAUUCAUUGCCUUCUUCUACAUUAACUCAGGGGCCCUUGGACAUUACGCCCCGAUCGCCUUCAGCUUCAAGUCCAAACCCAUUCAGCCGAAUUAAUAUAUCAGAAACACUGGCUUCUGCAAGAGCAACUCCUUCAGCUCCUCCAUCCACCCCAGUUUUAACAGGUUACAUUGCCCAACAGGGCACCAUGGAAUCCCCGUCCAUUCAUCAUUUACUUGGAUCUAGACUGGAGGAGAUUCAGACUACCACAAAUGCUUUGGGAGUGCCCACAAAAUCCCCAUGCCUCAGUUCUCCUCCUGCUCCAUCAGCCUUCAGCUCUGGCACCAGUAAGAUAGACAAAUAUGCACGCAUUUUGUUUCCUGUCACUUUUGGAGCAUUUAACAUGGUCUACUGGGUGGUUUAUCUUUCCAAGGACACCAUGGAAAAAACUAAGACUCUAAUGUAG